AUGGAAGGAGUGGCCAUACCCGAGGCGACUGUCUCGACGCGAGCACGCCGCGACACCAUAUCCGCGGGCUCCACCAUCAAGAAGUCCAAGUCCGAACGCGUCGCCCAGGCGCCCACGCCGAUGGCCUUCAACUUUGGGUCGCUCCCUCUCGAGGACCGCUUCGAGUGGGCGGGCAAGAACGUCAUGAUAGAACGACCUGUCAAGGGCGGGAGCGGCGACUAUGCACCCGUGCUCGAGACCCCCUCGUGUCCAGUCGCCGCAGCGGCGUCGGCCGCGUUGGCGGCUCUGCUGGCCGUGUACAGCCACAACAACUGGAUGCCCGACGACGAGACCGACUGCUGCCUCAAGUGCCAGAAGGAGUUCACUAUGACCUUUCGACGGCAUCACUGUCGCAACUGCGGCCUCAUAUUCUGCGCUCUCUGCACUCCUCAAGCCAUCACGCUGCCCGACAAGGGCUAUCGAGAGAGCGUGCGGGUGUGCGAGGCGUGCUUCAAGGUGGUGAGCGAAUACCUCCAGGUCAAGUACUCGGAGGAUUGA